UCUCUGGUUUCGGGGGCUGAGUGCAACAGACUCCAGCAUGGACGACAGACACAACAUUUAAAGGCAGGAGAAGAAUCUACUAGAAAAUCCAGUGAAAUUCUGCUCAUGUACUUAUAACAAGAAAAAUGGAGAAGGAUUUCUCAACAACACCCACGCCUGUGAAAAGCCAGGAGUCUUGUCAUUUCUCCGUCCUGGAUGAACCUCCUCUUUCCUCUCCCAUGCCGAUCCGUCCCUCCCCUGUCUCCAGUAACCUCUCCGCUUCACCCUCUCAGCCAACCAAACCUGCACCCUCCACAGAAACAGUGACAAAAUACCCUCACGAUGCUUCACAAUCUGCUCACACCAUGCGUAAACCAACAGACUACCCUCCCACUGUGGAUGAAUCAAAGCAGUGCGUAUCUGCUGCACAUCAAACAUCAAACGAAACUCAGAGAAAGCUCACCUCUGCCUCUGCUGCUUCAGCCAGCGACAGUGUGACAGAUUCCCCUGCUGCUUCUUCCAAUAAUCCUGUAAAACGCACCUUUGUGUCCAUGGCCAAGCGGGUGAUCAUUCAGGAAAGACUCAGAAAGGCAGAGGAAGUGGACUCCAACGACGAAGAAGAUGAUGAAGAACCAGAGGAGGAACUGUCCUUGGAGCAGCUGGUGGAGAAAGCUAAAGCUGGUGAUGCCAGAGCUCAGACACGGCUGGGUCAACACUACCUGAUUCUUGCUGAAGAGAAAGACCCCGAGCAAAAUAACCUUCUGGCUGUUAACUGGCUGAUCAAAGGAGCAAAACAGGGAAGAAAACGUGCAGCACGAUUACUGCAGCGCUGUUGGAUCCAGAAAAAAGGAAUUACUCCAGAGAAUGAAGCGGAUGUGCGCAAGUUGUCAAAGGAGAGUAAGUUUGAGCUGGCAGUACGCAAAGCAGCCAUCCUGAUGUACUUCAAGCUCAACCCUGAGAGGAAAAAUAAGGUGCCUGUGGCUGAGAUGCUCGGAAAUGUCAGCCAGGUCAAUGCAGUACCAGGUGGCUGUGCAAGCAGGAUUCCAAGCCCUACUUCAGGCCAGACCCAGAAAGUGUUGGAAAACAUGGUCAUCAAUGAGUCCAAACAGUUGGUGGACCUGGAGGACUUUGUUGAAAUGACAAAAAAUUAUGCACAAGGUAUUGUGCCCUCUGUAUCCCAGGAGAGUCGAGCACUUCAGGAGGGUGGUGAGGAGCACAAGUCCGAUGUGGUUCCAUCAGGAUGCAAGAAGUCGCACAAACGUCCUUGGAGUUUUGGUCGAAGUGGGAUGAUGUUGGACACCAAACAAACUGGGGCCAUGAAAAGAGCAAUGGACAUGAAAUCACGCUUAACGAUGCUGCAGUAUCCGUUGAAUUCCGUUGUGGAUGCCAAGGAAAGUCUGGUCGACUGGGCGUCACGGGCCGGUGUCCAGUGGCUGAGCACAAUCAUCCCAACCCAACAUGUCAACGCACUUAUAUUUUUCUUCAUCAUCAGCAACCUGACAGUGGACUUGUUUGCAUUUGUCAUUCCUCUGCUUGUGUUCUACCUCUCCUUCAUUUCCAUGAUCAUCUGCACCCUGCGUGUUUUUAAGAAGAGCAAGACUUGGGAGAACUUCAGUGCCCUGACAUCUUUACUGACACGAUUUGAACCUCGGCUGGACGUGGAGCAGGCAGAGACCAACUUUGGCUGGAACAACCUCGAACCGUAUCUCUACUUUAUCAUCUCUGUCUUCUUUGUCAUUUUCUCGUUUCCUGUAGCCAACAAAGGCUGGAUCCCCUGUUCUGAGCUCUCUACUGUGGCCAUCUUCUUCACUGCCGUCAGCUACAUGAGUCUCAGCCCCACUGCUGCGAUGUAUGCUCGCCAAGCAUUAGUCAUAGAGGUAGCAUCAUCUCUGUGUUGCCUGACUCAGUUACUACCACAGAGCAUGACAGUGCUUCGUUAUCUUGGACACACCUUUGCCACAGUGCCAUUAGGGGAUUCAGUGGUGCUGAAGCUGAGUCUCCCCUGCCUGCUGUAUGUCUACCUGUUCUACCUGUUCUUCAGCAUGGCAAAGAUGCGCGGUUUCCGGGGGACUUACUGCUUCUUUGUUCCUUACCUCGUGUGCUUUAUGUGGUGGGAGUUCUCUGUUGUCCUCCUCCUGAGUUCCUCUCCUAUUGGUCUAAUCCGCACCUGUGUGGCCUACUUUCUUUUCCUGUUUGCGUUGCCUGUUCUGGCAUUUGGCCUCGCCACCCUGCUAGUCAUCCAACUCUUCAAGUGGUUCCUUGAGCUGGAACUGACAAAGAUGAUUGUGACACUGGUAAUAUGUGCCAUCCCUGUCACACUGCGCCUCUGGACGCGCUUUAGUAUGUCUAUUCUGGAUGUGUUCCGCUCACUGACCCACCGUGGCCCUGUCAAACUCAUUUUACUCUGUAUCUUCAUGGUGACUUUUAUGUUCUCUAUCUAUGUGUACCAUGCUGAGGGAGAGAAGGUGUAUAAUUCCACAAUGACUUGGAAUCAGUACAGUCAGGCAUGUGGACCCCCCGCCUGGGAAACGAAAGGCAUGGCCCAGACACAGAUCUUCUGUAGCCACCUCCAGGGACACAGAGUCACUUGGACAGGACGUUUCAAACAUGUCCGUGUGGCCGAGACAGAGAAUGGGCCACAGUCGGUCAUUAACCUGUUGCCAGUGUUCAUAGGAGACUGGUUGCGCUGUCUGUAUGGAGAGACAUAUCCCAAAUGUGAGCCAAAGAAUGCUACGGCCACAAAUCAUGUUAACCAUACGGGUUUCAUGCAUUUGGCGGAAGGUUCUGCUGGUUCGGCCACUGUUUCAUUGCCCAUGGUGCUGCGGAUGCAAGAAGAAGAGGAGCUGUGUCAGAUCAAGGCCAUGGCCAAACACAUGUGCCAUGUCAAGCGCUUUGAUAGCUACAGAUUUGAGGUGACAAUAGGCAUGAUCAGAGGUGAGGGGGCGGAUGACCCAGCCAGGGAUGUAAUCCUAAUUGCUAGCAAUGAGUUCAGACAGGUUCUGUUUAGUCUGAAACCUGGAAAUAUGGUGGAGUUCAGCACCAAGCUGGAUGGCCGUCUAGGAUCCAAAGGUCCGGCCUUUGAAAUGAAGGCUAUCAAUUGUCUGGACUGUGUUUCUUCACUGUUGAAUGGAGGCCGGCAGGUGAAGUUAGAGAGAAACUGGAGGCGCACAACAAUGAGAGCCAUGAAGUUUGCAUUUGAUUUCUUCUUUUCUCCGUUCCUCUCUGCAAAAAUCACUGCUUAAGACUUAAAUACCACUGCACAGUGAAGCUGCAGUGGUAUUCACUCGCUUGAAGUAGUUUUCUUGUGAUGUGACCAUCAAUGUCACUCAUGUGCCUUCUUGCGUCAUGCGUAUGAUGAAGUAUUGUUUACAAAUUGUUCAUUUUGAAACGGUGGAAUCUUCCAGGAAAUGACUUCAUGUUUUUUGAUCUUACUUUCUGUGUGUGCGCUUGAAUUUACAUGUUUUACUGUUUCAUUUCGUGUACCUUUUUAAAGUGGUUCAAGAAUGUUCUAACGCCAGCAUUGAGUUUGGCCCUUGUUUGUAGCCCUUGUUACAAGGAACUAAAUGUUGGGUGUUAACUGGAGUUUGUGUUUCUCAAAAUGGAUCUGUUCUGAGGCAACGUUGCUGCUGAUUUAAAAUGAGGAAUUUCUUACAUGCACCGUUUGGUUAAUAUGUUUGCAUGUGCACAAUGUAUUUACAUUUAUGUGUACACUUUAAUAUAUGUUUACCCAUAUUUUCAUAUGGGUUCCAUAUUAUUGGUUGAUAAUACAGUUUCUAGUGGUGUUAAAACGGAUGUUUUUGUUCCGUGAGCUACAGAGCACAUAAAAUAGCAAUUGGAAAGCCAACUGAUUCAUGUAUCUGUUGUUGUUAGCCCUGGUGGUUGCUGGUGGUACAAUUGCCAGUGUGUGCAGUUUAGGUUAAUGGCUAUCACUGCACACUCGUAGGCCAAGAUGCAAUUAAUCAAAGUUGAUCAAACUGUGCAUCACUUUAUUUUUGCUGCUUAGGAAGGGGGCUACUCAGAGACCUGUGAACAUAUAUUUUCAGUUUGCUUUUUGGCACCAUCCAGUGGCAGGUCCCGUAAUUCUUCAGCAACAUACUGUAUGUGGUUUUUAUUUUGAAAAGUGCAUCAACCCAUGUAACCCACGCACAUUAUAUGAACGCUGCAAAAGAUGAGCCUGUAUACUGUCAUUACAAUUCAUUAAAGUGCCUGACUUGAA